AUGCCUCCCAAGAAAGCUGCUGCCGCCGCUGCUCCGGCCAAAGAAGCAAAGGAGAAAAAGCCUGCUGCCGCCCCCUCCCAUGCUACUUAUAAAGAUAUGAUCAAGGAGGCUAUCCUCAAUGUGAGUGAAUCUCGUUUGCGACAACGUCGAUGCCUCUCGAAACGCCUAUCUAGUCGCCUCGUUUGGCUGUGGAGUCGGCGCAAGAGAGUGGCAUUUGUUUAUACAGUUCCCAAAUGGGUUGAAUGGCUGCUGACGUGUCUUGAAAUGCAGCUUAAGGAGCGCAACGGAAGUAGCCGACAAGCCAUCAAGAAGUAUGUCAAGGCAAACAACAACAUCACUGUCACCUCCGAGACCCAAUUCGACUCUCUCUUCAACAAGGCUCUGAAAUCUGGUGUCGACAAGGGUGACUUCCAACAGCCAAAGGGCCCAUCUGGUCCUGUCAAGUUGAUGAAGAAGGAGGCUAAGCCCGCCGAGAAGAAGACUGUCAAGAAAGAGAAAAAGGAGGCCAAAGAGGCCAAACCAAAGACGACUAAGGCCAAGGCUGCUCCCAAGACCAAAACUGCCGCUCCUAAAGUGAAGAAGGCUGCCGCCCCGAAGAAAACCACCACUGCUAAGCCCAAAGCCAACACCGCCACCAAGCGAGCUCCCAAAACCAAGACCAAAACUGAAGCUUCCGCCCCUGCCGUCACCGACGCCCCUCCUGCGCUGAAGAAGACCAAGUCUGGACGGGUCAGCAAACAAAAGACCACCUCAAGCACCAAGGUCCCCGCCAAAAAAGCUGCAACAAAGAAAGCCACACCAAAGAAGGCGACACCCAAGAAGACUGAGGCCGCCGCAUGA